AUGGCCACAUCUAAUUCUUCAUUCAUAAAAGAGGAACGUGAGGCUUUGUACAAAACCCAUUGGUGGAGUGACCAACAGAGCUCAAAUCCCUGUACUUGGCCUGGUAUUUUAUGCAAUGAAGCUGGAAGUAUUACAGAGAUUUCUAAAACUCGUAAUUCUUGGGGGGUUAAGCUAUAUCUUCAGGACCUCAACCUCACUGCAUUGCCCAAUUUAGUAGUUCUAAAUCUUAGUUCAAUGGAGCUUUACGGUGGCAUCCCUACAGAAAUUAGCGCUCUUACCAAACUCACCUCUAUUGACUUGUCCUCUAAUUGUCUUACAGGCAAGUUGCCUAGUUCACUUUCAAAUCUCACUAACCUUGUGAUGCUUGAUGUUUCUAAUAAUUUUCUUGAAGGUGCGUUGCCUACUACACUUUCAAAUCUCACUCAACUUGUGAUGCUUGAUGUUUCUGACAAUUCUCUGUUCGGUGUGCUGCCUCCUCAGUUUAGCAAUCUGAAAAAGCUUGUCACAUUGAAUUUAAGCGAAAAUGGCUUCAAUGGGUCCUUACUCACAACAUUUGGUCACAUGACUAGUCUCACUCAUCUUGUUUUGUCCUCUAAUUCUCUAGAAGGUGAGUUGCCUAGUUCACUUGCAAAUCUCACUCAACUUGUGAUGCUUGAUGUUUCUGACAAUUCUCUGUUCGGUGUGCUGCCUCCUCAAUUUAGCAAUUUGAAAAAACUUGUCACAUUGAAUUUAAGCGCAAAUGGCUUUAAUGGGUCCUUACCCACAAUAUUUGGUCACAUGACUAGUCUCACUCAUCUUGUUUUGUCCUCUAAUUCUCUAGAAGGUGAGUUGCCUAGUUCACUUGCAAAUCUCACUCAACUUGUGAUGCUUGAUGUUUCAAACAAUUCUCUAUUCGGUGUGAUACCUCCUCAGUUUAGCAAUUUGAAAAAGCUUGUCACAUUGAAUUUGAGCAGAAAUGGCUUUAAUGGGUCCAUACCCACAACAUUUGGUCACAUGACUAGUCUCACCAAACUUGAUCUAUCCACUAACAAUUUUAGUGGUGAGCUGCCGAACACGCUUGCGAAUCUCCCGCUAAAGAAGCUUGUGGCUUCGGCAAAUGCUUUCAGUGGUUUCAUUUUCAAUGACAUAGGGAAGCUAACAAAUUUGUCCACUUUAGAUUUGAGUUCCAAUUGCCUGAUUGGUCCAAUUCCUACGGGAAUAGGAAACAUAAAGAAUUUGUUCACUUUAAAGCUUCGUUCCAACAAGUUAAAUGGUUCGAUUCCAAACAAAAUUGGAAGUUUGAAGCAUUUGACUAGUUUGGAUCUUGGCCAUAACGAACUCGGAGGUCGAAUUCCAAAGAGUUUAGGCUAUUUGAAAGAUUUGCACAACCUGUUUCUUGAUUCUAACCAAAUCAGUGGUUCCAUCCCUUUGGAAUUAUUGAAUCUUAAUAACUUAGUACAGUUAGAUCUUUCUAAUAACUCACUCAUUGGCCCAAUCCCUCCAAUAAAUAGCAAUUUAUCAAGAUUGGAAAGUCUUUCCCUAAGCCUGAACAAAAUCAAUGGUUCAAUUCCCUCAAAGAUAGGAAAUUUUGUCACCAAUCUUUUAUAUCUAGAUUUGGCUGCAAAUAACCUAUGUGGUUCAAUUCCUUUGUCUCUGUACAAGUUAGCUUAUUUGAUGAAUUUAACUCUUCAUUCAAAUCAAAUAAGUGGUGUCAUACACCCCACAAUUCAAAAUUUAGAAUAUUUGAGGGUACUAGAUAUGUCUAAUAACAAUCUAUCUGGUAGCAUACCGUCAGAAGUUUUUCAAAUGACUUCUCUAUAUAUUCUUGAUCUUUCAUCCAAUCAAUUAUCUGGCUCACUGCCGCAUGAUUGUAGGGGAUACCUUUCUGAUCUAAACCUCUCUCACAACAAGUUAAAUGGAAGUAUUCCUUCAGUGUUUGGUCUCAUAACAAAGUCAUUGCAUCUUAGUUACAAUAAUCUCGGUGGCAAUAUUCCUAUGGAGCUUUGUUACCUUGAAAGCCUCAAUUUGUCAUACAAUUCCCUUAGUGGCAGUAUCUCUGAAGCAAUUUGUUGUGAAUUUUCUCUGGACACAUUCAUUGGUAAUCAGGGAUUAAUUGCUACAUGCUCUUACGAGCCAUCCCCCAGCCCCUCAUCUGGUCAUAUUCAGAGUGGUCGUUCCCUGAAGAUCAUUCUUCCUGUCACUACUUUUCUUGUUCUCCUAUCUAUAGGGGCCUUGCUUGUUUAUCGAUUCAUGGCUAGGAAGACCAAAUUCCAAAAGAAACAAGCAAAGAAUGGAGACUUGUUUUCCAUAUGGAAUUAUGAUGGUAAAAUUGCAUUUGAAGAUAUCAUUGAAGCAACAGAGGACUUUCAUAUCAAGUAUUGCAUUGGCACAGGGGCUUAUGGAAGUGUUUACAAAGCACAACUUCCCAGUGGUAAAAUUGUUGCCUUGAAGAAACUACACCGAUUGGAAUCUCAAAACCCAUCUUUUGACAAGUGUUUCCGAAAUGAAGUCCAAGUGCUGACAAAUAUCCGUCAUCGGAACAUUGUUAAGCUUUAUGGAUUUUGCUUGCACAAUCGAUGUAUGUUUUUAAUCUAUGAAUACAUUGAAAGGGGAAGCUUAUUUUAUGUCCUGAGGAAUGAUGAGGAAGCUACAGAGUUGAAUUGGAGCAAGCGAGUGAAUAUUGUUAAAGGGAUAGCACAUGCUUUGGCUUAUCUGCAUCAUGAUUGUACACCAACAAUUGUUCACCGAGAUAUUACAAGUAGCAAUGUUUUGUUGAACUCGGAAUUCGAAGCAUUUCUUUCAGAUUUUGGAAUAGCUAGACUCAUUGAUCCUGACUCUUCUAAUCAAACUUUGAUAGCCGGUACAUAUGGAUAUAUUGCUCCAGAACUGGCAUACACAUUAACUUUGACAGAAAAAUGUGAUGUGUAUAGUUUUGGUGUGGUAGUAAUGGAAAUAGUGAUGGGAAAGCAUCCGGGAGACAUAAUUUCUUCUUGGACAAAGUCAUAUGCUGAAAAGAUGAUUUUGAAAGAUAUAUUGGACUCGCGUCUAGGUGUUCCCCGAGCUCGGAAAGAUAUUGAAGAUGUAGUUCUUGUUGCCACACUAGCCUUACAAUGCCUUCAUUCAAACCCCAAGUGUCGACCAUCAAUGCAACAAGUGGCUAAUGAACUUUCUGUCUCAAGACAUCCUCUCCCACUGCCCUUCCAUGAUAUUUCAAUCUACCAGCUGAAGGAUCAAGAGAUUUAUGUUCUGAACAAAGUAUGA